GCCCACCUCGCAGUCCCCGGGACUAAAAGAGACCCAGCCGCUUCCACGCUUGGGUCAAGCCACGACCACACGACCCUCCACAACAGCCCAGGGCGUCUGGGGGAAAGGAGGGCAGGUGGCGGGCCAGCACGGGAGACCAGCAGCGGUGACGGCUUGGGUCGGAGCCAGCGGCCGCCUCUGCUCUUUGCCACAGCGGCCGGGCGCUUUGCUGUCGCCCGCCCGCCUGCAGUGGCGGCAGUAGCAGCAGCAGCAGCAGCGUGGCUUUGGCGCCUUUCCUCCCUCUCCCUCCACCCCAUGUUCCUCCCAGCGGGGCAAACCAUUGCAGCUCGCCGAGGAGGUUACAAGAACAUUUUCUUUUGAAAGACUUUUCUGCUCCCAUUUGGUUUUGUGACGUGGCUGCCAGCAUAAACAUACAUAAACUCGUAUCUGGAAGAUUAUCUGUUGCCUAUGAGUAUGGCUUUGGCAAAACCUAGUGUCCUUUAAGCACUUCAUCCACAAUCUCAGCUGGAAUUGGGUGGGUACUUCAGCCACUAUGUAUAUUGGUUUAACAUUCCAAAAAUAAACAUGUUGAAAACAGAGUGUUCAGGGGAACGAUCGAACCUCCGAAGUGCCUCUCCUCACAGGAAUGCUUAUAGGACUGAGUUCCAAGCAUUGAAAAGCACCUUUGACAAACCUAAGUCAGAUGGAGAACAGAAGACAAAAGAUGGAGAGGCCUCUCAGCAAAGGGGGAGGAAAUAUGGAUCUAAUGUCAACCGGAUUAAAAAUUUAUUCAUGCAAAUGGGAAUGGAGCCCAGUGAGGGUGCUGGUGGCACAGCAAAGACCAGAGGUAAAGGUGGCCCCCUGUCCCCUCAAAGAAGAAUUAGGCCUAAAGAAUUUGUGGAGAAGGUUGAUGGGUCUGUUGUAAAGUUAGAAUCAUCAGUUUCAGAAAGGAUUAGUAGGUUUGAUGCUAUGCAUGAUGGUCCUUCUUAUUCCAAGUUUACUGAAACUCGGAAGUUGUUUGAAAGAAAUAUUCACGAAACAGGGCAUUCCAAUCGCUAUUCCCCAAAGAAAGAGACGUCCAUUUCUAAUAAUGAACUUCAAGAUGAGUGGUGUAGCUCAAAGUCCAACAGAGGCAGUACAGACUCACUGGACAGUCUUAGUUCAAGGACAGAGGCUAUUUCUCCAACAGUGAGUCAACUUAGUGCAGUGUUUGAAAAUACUGACUCCCAAAGUGCAGUUGUUUCGGAAAAGGCAGAAAACAAUGAAGAAUAUUCUGUAACUGGCCACUAUCCACUUAAUCUGUCUUCAGUGGACACAAAUCUGUCUUCCAGUGUUGCAAAUCUUGACGAUUUUAGCCCCAUAAAAGAACCCAGUGCUUGGCCUCUGGCAGCCAAACAGAGUACCACUUCAGUAUCUGUCGAGAAUUCUCAGCAGACUAGUAGAUCUCCAGUGAAUGAACCUUCCAAAAGCACUCUACCUGUUUUAAAAACAAGUGGAAUACAAAAUCAGGAAGCCCAUCACGAUUCUGUUGAUGCCUGUGAAGCAACUAAACAAGAGUCCACAGAUGGACCUGAUCGGCAAUCCUUUGGUGAGCCCUGUGCCAGGAAUAAGGCAAAAACAGAGCCUGAAGUACCAGUUUCACAAGAAGAAAAGAUCUCUGAUGGAGCUGAGACUGCAAAAAUAUCAGGAAACUUAAUAGCCAGUGAUGACAUUGCAGUCACCGAAGCUUCACGUUCUGUUGGCUCCCACUGUGAAGAUACAAAUGAAAAGGAAAUACAGGAAGAUUGGAGUAACUUUCAGAGUUCUCAUGUGUAUAGGCACUCUGAUUACAAUGUCUACAGGGUACGAUCAAGAUAUAACUCUGACUGGGGGGAGACAGGAACGGAACAGGAUGAGCAAGAGGACAGUGAUGACAACUAUUGUUAUGAACCUGACACGGAAUGUUCUGAAAUUACAGGAUUGCCAGAAGAAGAAGAAAUCCCAUCAAAUAGAAAAAUUAAGUUUAGUAGUGCUCCAAUUAAGGUUUUCAACACAUACUCUAAUGAAGACUAUGAUAGGAGAAAUGAUGAUGUUGACCCAGUGGCUGCAUCAGCUGAGUAUGAGUUAGAAAAACGUGUGGAGAAAUUGGAGCUUUUCCCAGUGGAACUUGAAAAAGAUGAAGAUGGUCUUGGCAUCAGCAUUAUUGGAAUGGGAGUCGGAGCAGAUGCAGGCCUUGAGAAACUGGGCAUAUUUGUCAAAACAGUAACAGAAGGCGGGGCAGCAGAAAGAGAUGGCAGGAUCCAAGUAAAUGACCAAAUUGUAGAAGUAGAUGGGAUCAGUCUGGUUGGUGUGACCCAAAAUUUUGCUGCAACUGUUCUCAGAAAUACCAAAGGAAAAGUCAGGUUUAUAAUUGGCAGAGAAAAGCCAGGGCAAGUAAGCGAAGUGGCUCAGCUGAUUAGCCAGACCCUAGAGCAGGAACGUCGCCAGAGAGAGCUCUUGGAACAGCAUUAUGCACAAUACGAUGCGGAUGAUGAUGAGAGUACUGAGAGAGGAUCUCUUGGAACCUUAGGCAACGACAAUAAAAAUAACAACUGUUACCUUAAAAAGGGUCGGAGCUCAGGAAACUGUUUUGAUCUGCCAGUUCUGGAUGGGGUCACACUUCUCCAGAACGAACAGACAGGGGAAUAUGCUACAGAUGAAGAUGAGGAUGACAUGGGCCCCAUCCUUCCAGGAGGUGAUAUGGCCAUUGAAGUGUUUGAGCUGCCUGAAAACGAUGACAUGUUUUCCCCAACAGAACUGGACACCAGCAAACUGGCUCACAAAUUCAAAGAGUUGCAGAUCAAACAUGCAGUUACAGAAGCUGAGAUUCAGAAGCUGAAAACAAAGUUACAGGCUGCUGAGAAUGAAAAAGUGAGGUGGGAACUAGAGAAGAACCAGCUGCAGCAGAACAUUGAGGAGAACAAAGACAGGAUGAUGAAACUUGAGAGCUACUGGAUUGAGGCACAAACCCUGUGUCACACAGUCAACGAACAUCUGAAGGAGACGCAAAGCCAGUAUCAAGCCCUGGAGAAGAAAUACAACAAAGCCAAGAAACUGAUUAAGGACUUUCAGCAAAAAGAACUUGAGUUUAUCAAGAGACAGGAAGCUGAAAGGAAAAAAAUAGAAGAUUUGGAGAAAGCUCACUUUGUAGAAGUUCAAGGUUUACAAGCUCGUAUUAGAGAACUGGAAACAGAGGUUUUCAGACUACUGAAGCAGAAUGGCAGCCAAGUUAAUAAUAACAACAACAUUUUUGAAAGGCAAACAUCUCUUGCUGAAGUCUCAAGAGGAGAUACAAUGGAAACUCUGGAUGUAAAGCAAGUGUCUUGCCUCGAUGCCUUAAGUCAAGAAGGAGCUGUAAAGGGGGGAUAUCCUGAUGAUGUCUUUGAUUUUAAUGAAGCAGUCCCCGAGACAGAGAGGUUGGAUUCUAAAGCUCUGAAGACUCGAGUGCAGCUUUCAGUAAAGAACAAACGGUCAAGACCAACGAGAACAAGACUCUAUGACAGCAUCAGCUCCACAGACGGAGAGGACAGCCUUGAAAGAAAGCCUUCGUACAGUUAUGGUAGUCCCAUGCACAUUACAAAAUCACCUCUGCCCAUUAGCAUGAGAGCAUCCUCACCAGCAUCAGAUUCUGGUGCUUCCUCCCUUUCCCCUGUGGCUAGCAGUGCAAACUUUGCAUUUGACAACGUAGCUGGGCACCAGGAUGAAGAACAGCAGUAUAAGAGCAUUGGGUGUUCCCAUGGAGAUACUCCACUCUCCUCUCCUUCCAAAUCCUGCCAGAGCUGCGAAUCUUCACCUGUGCAUCGUCCAACUCGCAGGAAUGUCUUCCAUGAUGAAGAUGGUGCCACAGGUAUCCAAUUGCCAAGAACAUCCAGUCCUUCUGUGGGGCAUGCAAGAACAAUAAAACAAAAGUUUGGGGACCUAGGGGUUCCCUUGAGAAGGAGUUCUAACAAGGCAAAGAAGCGAAGAGAAAAAGAACCAGUUAGGGUCUCUACUGGCUGCAGGACAACGGAGGAGCUGUUGGAGUGCUCAGCAAGUAGCACGUCUUUAGUCAAGCGAUUCUCCUCUCUCCCACAUAGCACGAUUCCAUUUGCAUGGUAUGGAGAGAGUAGCAGGGGAUCCAAUUCUUCUAGCAAUCUGCCUUCACCUACCAGCUCAACCGAUCCUUCCUCUGAAAAUCUAAGUCCAGCUAAAAAGGGGUCCAAGAAUUUCACUUUCAAUGAUGACUUCAGUCCGAGCAGCACUAGUUCUGCUGAUCUGAGCGGCUUAGGCACAGAACCAAAAACGCCAGGAUUUUCACACUCCAUAGCAUUGUCAUCUGAUGAGAGCUUGGAUAUGAUUGAUGAUGAGAUUCUUGAUGACGGGCAGUCUCCCAAGCACAACCAAUCCCCAAAUCGCACUGUUCAAGAAUGGAGUGUGCAGCAAGUUUCCAACUGGUUAAUGAGCUUGAAUUUAGAACAGUAUAUCCCUGAAUUCAAUGCCCAGAACAUGAAUGGAGAGCGUCUCCUUCAGCUGGAUGGCAGUAAGCUUAAGGCUCUUGGUAUGACAUCUUCCCAGGACAGAGCGAUCAUUAAAAAGAAGAUUAAAGAGAUGAGAGUGUCUAUAGAGAAGGCUCGCAAAGCUCAAGAGAAAAUGGAGAAGCAAAGGGAAAAACUUAGGAAGAAAGAAAAAGAGCAGCUUCAGAGGAAGAAACGUUCCCCAGAUCCAAAAGAGGGCACUAACGAGCAGUGAUGCAUAAGCAUGAUUGUUUUUCUAUUAGGAAUGUGAAGACAGUUUUCGGGAAGGAACUCAGAGUGAAUUCUGUUUCCUUCCCAUCCUUCUUGUCUUCGUUACACAGAGCUUUGUACCCCUAUCUGAGGUUUUAACUAGAAUAAAUGGGGAAACGUACACUGUGUAGCUACACUUUCCUGCAGUUUUCCUGCACUACAGGCUGGUGCUUUUUGACCUGCUCAGCAGUCCAGAAUGAUGACUAUACUUUAUUGUCCCAUUACUGUACUAGCAAACCAGCUGUCCAGCUCAGGACCAGCACUGAGAACCUCUUCCUCUUCCUCUCCCCACCCACGCCAUUUUCAAUGGUCAUUGUUUGCAUUGUGCUAGUUGUGUCUGUUCCCUCUGAUAAUCAAGUAGGACACAAUAUUACAUAGCUUGCUACACUCUAAACACAAAACUUCUCCUCCAAAUGGGCGAUAUCCAGAAGGCUUCGAUGGACUUCUGGGAAGCAAAUAAACUGGAGUUAGCUGCAUAUCAGUCACCAUUGAGUUUUAUGGGGAGAACAGCCCCGUUUGUAUUGCUUUGAGAUUUCAAUCCUUCUGAAAGUGGACAAGUCACAUCAGUGCUCAGAGGUGAUGCUUCUCCAUCCCUACAGCAUGGUUUCAAGUCUUGAAAUGAUACACUGGAGAUAAUAGGCAGCAGCAAAAUCAGUAUUCUUCCUGAUCAGCAGAAGGGAAGGCAAUAUGUGUUUUCCCCUGUGAACUGUACAGUAGUUUAGCUCAAGAAGAAAGCAAAGCCGUAAUUUGCUUAUGUGGGACUGGAGAGUAACAUUUACCCUCCAGGUGUCUUGAGUGGGUGAAAUUCUAAUACUAGGUCAGCUGGUAUUAGAGUACAGUUUCUUAACUUGUGCUUCUGACUCAGUUAUGAGGUCAGGGCAAGUAUAUAGCUACACUUUCUUGUAGUAUGCAAGGACCCUCCUUUUCUCAACUGACAGUGGACAGAAAACUUUUUUUUUCUUUUGUAAGGAAUAUGGCCACCUCUCAGUUUGUUUUUAACUGGUGGUGGGGAGGGAUGUGAGGCCAAGUGUGAGAUUGCUGUUACAGUGCUGGGAUUUGACCUGCUGAUAUCCAAAAUGCAUUCUGGUGAAGGUGUUUCUUUUUUCCAGAAGAUGCACUUUUAAAUGAAGGGGGGGAAUGUCUGUUAAAAAGUGAUAUAUUUUAAACUGUGCGUAUUGCUAAGAGAAGGAUGCAGUGAAAAAGAAAGCAAGCAAAUCAACCACAAAAGUGCAAUCCUAUCUUUUGUUAAGCAGAAGAGUUGGGUAAGAUUCCCUUUGAAAGCUCAGCUUAAAACCUGGGCUAGAGAAUGCUCUGCAUUUUGGUUUUGUAAGACUGUACCAAUUAAACAGCAAGGGCAUGAUCCAGCCAAAGUUAAGUACUAUUAAGUUCUCUUGGUUUGAAUAGAAAAAAGUGAAGCUCUCUCCCUUGAAACCAAUGGCUGACGUGAGGAAAAUUACUCAGAGUAGUCCCAUUGAAAUUAAAAGGACAAUAUAGGCAUUGUAUAACUUACCUUUUUAAUUUCAAAGGGACUGCUUUGGGUAAUGUGCAUCAUCACGUCUGCCGCACCAAUGUGACUUUAAAAUAGGAGUAGUCAGCCUUGGCUCUCCAGCUGUUGUUGAACUACAAUUCCCAUCAUCCCCAGCAACAAUUUAUUAUGGCUGGGAGUUAUGGGAGUUGUAGCUCAAUAAUAGCUGGAAUGCCAGGGUUGCCUACCCCUGCUUUAAAAUAAUCAGCUUUGGCUGAAUUAUACCCAUCAUUAUUUCGCCAAAUAAUGGCCUCUUUUCACACAUUAAACUAAUGCAAAUAGGAUCUGACUCGGACCAACUGUUUUGUGGUCAGUUCAUUUACAUAUUGUAUUUCACAGGACUCAGAACUGAAGUUUCAACAGAGAGAAAUUUGGAUUUGAAUGACAGAUGCUUUUAAGGAAAUUAUGUUUGUCAUAUGCUUCCUUUUAGUGUCAAGAUUUGCUUUAAAGCCUACAUAGACUUAACAUUGGAAUGCUACAAGCAAGUUCCCUAAUUUCAACAGCAAUAGCUUAUUUUCCAUGUGUUGCUACAUAUGGCAGAUCUGCUUGCGAAUGGCUGUGUCUUGCUUCAGCUCAAUGCAAUUGCUCCAAAGUUCUGAUGCAACAUUUGGACUUAACUUGUAGGUAGAGUAACAAACCUCUCUCACCAAUGCACUGUAUUAGGUAACUGGAUACUUCUGGUAGGUCAUAACACUUCUUUAUUCUGCUACAGAAAAGAAUGGGGGCGGUGGGUGUCUCUAUUUCAGCAAGGACCAACUGAAUGGAAAACUUUUCUCUAGGUCAGUCCAUUUGAAAAUGUAACAGAACCCUGGUUAAACUGGUGAUCAUAGGUUUAUUUUAGGAGGUUGAAAAGUUAUAUUUAUGUAAAAGAAGGAAAUAUGAGAUAAACUGGAGAUGUACUUUUUAAACUAUGAAAUUUGGUAAAUGCAUUAGAUGUUCAUUUUCUCCUUUAAGUUAUGUUUACAUGCCAGUAAUUUAAAGUGGAUGUAUAUACUAGUAAUGUCUAUGGACAUAUUCCCUCUGCUUUACAUUAUUUAUGUUCUCUGCUUUGUUUUACUAAGACCCCUGGGGAGCAUAUUGUGUUGUACAUUGAUUUUGCAUUCCUGCUGUUUAGAGCAGUGUACAUUGGGGGUUUUAUUCUGCAGAUAACUAAUUUGAUUUAUGUCCUGCAAUUAUUCUGUUCUUUUGUUCAUUGCUUUGUGGUAAUGACCUGAGCAUUAAAUUUUGACCUGAUCUUAAAACAUUAAAGUAAAAGACCAACAUUUGCGGGGGGGGGGGGUUGAUAAAAUGCAGAUUUACUCACAUGUAUAAACAGAGUCCACCAAGCAAGGCAAGAAUUCCGCCCUUCUUUGUGAGCUCAAGAUACAUAGUUUACAUGCUGCUCUGCCCUUUCUCUAAGAUAGCAAAAGCUACUUUCUUGCUUCCUCGUUUUGUGAAUGUCCCACAUAUUUGCAGCAUAUUUUAAAGAAUGUUUUUUAUCUAGGAAUCCUCUUUUUAAAAGGACUUGGAAAUGUAUUUCAGAUAUCAUAGGAAUAGUUCUGGCGGCAUGAACGUUGCUAACACCCUGGCCUUCAAGAGUGCUCCUUUGCCAUGAAUGAGUGUCUCAUACCUGCCAACGUGUCCCUAUUUUCCCAUUCAGGUGAAAACAGCAGGCUGGCAGGUCUGCCUAGUGAGUACAACUUCUUUCAUCCCAUUAUCUUGGAAGAAGAUGCCCUCGCUGAUCUUUACCUUCCACACAACCGCUGAAGGCCCAGGAAGCCAACUUGGGUUAGGAGUUGACAAGCUAGACUGAGUAGUUGCUCAGCUCUCUGGGUGAGACAAGAGUCACUCCCAGUGUAGGAUAUGGAUAUGUAUGCCACCAUUUGUACUCUGCGACACCUGGAGCUCUUUAAUACAUUGCACUGGAAGUGGAAAAGGAAGUGACUUGCACUUCUUCCUCCUGUCCCUAUUAGCUCACACACAGCCAAUUCCAAAAACAUUCCAGGGCAGAUAAGAGCAUUCUGUCAUGUGUGUGAAAUACACUGAUCUCCACAGAGCAUCCUAGAACCCAAGAUACAGGCUUUGGCCGGAAGUAUGGUUUCCACCGGAGUUGCUUAGUCCGUUCCAUUAUGCAGGGCCAUCCCUAGUGUUACAGUUCAGCAGGUUUCCACCUUUUGUAACCACAAAGGGAGUUCUCUCUCGCUUUUGAUUAUACGAUUCAUACCUUUGCAAAGUACCGAUUGUAUGUGCAGAACAUUCCACAACGCUGGAAGUCGCUGCGGUUGACAAAGUCAGUCAUUUACCAAGGCCAAGACAGGGAUAUGCUGCAAGCAGUGCCAUAUUGGUAGUGCAGUGGGCUAUUGGUGAGGAAAAGGAAGGGCAUGUUGUCACGCCCUGGGGCUCCAACCAUAUCAAAGGCAACAUGCACUGUCUCAACAUGUGCCAGGCCCUGCUCAAAGCAAGAGCGCACCCCCGAGUCUCCUCCUAGCCAUGUUGCUUAUAUUAUUCACUGGCAGUGUCAUUCAAGAAAGGACCCCACAGAGCAUGUAGGGAUACAGUCAGAGAUUGCAUAGGGUUUGGGGGCUCACUAAAGCAUGGAGCCAGCCCUGGUUAAGUGACUGUGAAGCCAUUACACGACGGCACAGCUGACUCUUUCGCUUAAAGCAUUUCAUCAGGAGCAUCCCAAACCUCGGCAACGUGUAGCGUUCUCCCCGAUAAUAAGGCCUUGAUGGUGGGGAAGUCAGUCAGUCACUUAGAAGAGAUUAGAGGAAAGUAUAUGUGGCAUUGCACUAGUCUGCCAGGCUGAGUAAACAGAGCUGUGAAACAGAGCCCAAAGAGAAAAAAUGUUGAUGGACCAGUGUUUCUUUUAAAAGCAUUGUACAACAGUUUGCACAAUACGUUGACCUAAAAGUUAAGAAAGAGAUCUUCAAAAACAGGGUAUGUGAGUUUUUAAAAAACUGUUUGCAAAACUUCUGCACGUAUAGAAAAGGGAUCAAAAGUGAUGACGAGCAAUAUCCACUGUUACUCACUAGCGGCUGAUCUUCAUCCGCUAUGUUCAGUGACGACUGGCUUGCUUCUCUUUUAAUUAAUGCUUCAGAUUCCUCUCUGCAUUGCGCUUUCAAGACCCUGGUGAGCAUCUCUAAAUAUCUUCCAUGCCUAAAAUACUUCAUGACCUUUGAGUCAUUCAUGCAUCUUGAGAUCCAUUUCCAGAGUGGUAUUGUACAUGCAUGUCAUUCAGAAUUAGUAAGGCGUUGUCUGAUUUAGGAAUGAGCCCUCUCUGUCUUAACAUUUGUAACUCGGAAAGCAGCUCUUAUGCUGUUCCACAGCAAGAUAAAUGCUCGUGGGCAUAUAGCUCUUUUUCCUACAUGUUAAACAGACCUCAGAAAACGUUUGUUUCUUUGUCCAAAAUACUGGAAAGAUGAAAAAGGAUGCUUUCUAAAGACUCUGUACAUUUGUGUAGUUUGAAUGUUUCUACUAAUUAAAGAAAUUUUCUUGUAAUUCAAAUGGAGAGAUGAGAGCAGAGAAGUGAUUUUGGUCUUAAUUUUUUUUUUAAUGGAAUCAGAAUGAGUAGUUAUUCUAGAAACUGGAAGUGUUCAAUGGUGAGCUGCUCUAACAAUUCACCCCUUUGUGUACCUUUGUAUAUCUGCAAACAAAUAUGUUUUUCGAAAAGAGCCCCCGUCGGCUGUGCAGGCUUAGACAUUUAGGGAGUCCCCAAGGGGGAUACUGCUCUAAGCCAUGAGGCACAAUCUUUUCCACACGUUAAUGAGUGGUUGCUACAUUUUAUAAAGGUGAAGAACUGCAAUAUUUUAAAGAAAACAUUUUCUUACAGCUUCUGUUUCCCAGUUUCUCUGGAUGUCUUUCUGCAUGUUGUCUCUCUUUGGUAGGGUCGAUUUAGUAGCAAUUUGCUAUUGAGGAGAAUCACUUUUCUGGAUAUUUUCUAAACUGUAUGCUUGAAAUCUGUUGUAAAGCUCUGAGCAGCUUUUUACUGAGCCGGAUUGUGACUUCAGAAAUGAUUUGGCCAAUCAACCCAUAUGAUUAUAGGUCAUUUGCAUAUUUCACAGUCCUUUUGGUAACAUUUUCUUUCUCAAUUUAUUGCAUUGUUCUGACACUUAAAAGAAGUCAGUUUGGAAAGCUGUGGUACCACAGCCAUGAAAAUGAGCCAUCCAGUGUUUUCCUAGGCACUAGAUGAAGCAUUCUCUUAACUGGGAAAUAAAACAAACCUUUGUAGCCAUUGAUUGAUUGUAAGGUGCACGUAUGUUUGUUUUUUGUGAUGAUGGCUGCUUUUUUGAGUUGACUUUUGGGAAGGCACUCCGCCAAGCACCACUGUGAAGUAGCCUCCAUUUUUCAAAGGACCCCCCCACUUCCUUGUUUUACCUUCCCGAAGCUGUGAAGGUUAAGUCAGCAGACCUAGCCCUUACUGGAGGCACCAGUGCUCUGGCUCCUCUUCCCAGGAACUGGGGCAACUCUGUCAUGGGGAGGAGCUGUAGCACGUUCUCUUCCCCUAUAGCCUGUGUUUGUGGUACAGGAAGAAGCCCCCAUGCCACAACUAUGAGAAAAGAUUCAUGGACUCUUGCCUCACCUCCAGUGAAAUGAAUGAGAAGUAUGUCGUAACAGUGCCUGUUAGGUGGGCCUUUAGGCUGAAGUAUGUCAUUUCGGAAAGCUUGGACAGGAUUAGCUUUAAAGGGACCUUGGUGGUGCCUUGAGUCUAUUAUAAUCAGCCCUAGGUGCAAGGCCAAGCCCAGCUCCCUGUCCCUGUACAUUCAGUAGGACAGCUUGCCACUAAGUUAUUUAGGAAAGGAAUAACUCAAGACUAUUGAAAAUCAGACUCUUGCAAGUAUAAACACCACUUAAGUAUUAGUGAAACAACUGAAGUGAAACAUAAAAAUGUCUAAAGAUGGCAGUGGCACAGUGCACAGUGCAACUUUCUCACAAUGGCUUACAUACCCUGUCUGCCUAGCAGCAGAGCUUUUGCACCAUCGUGCAAGACACUAGAAUUGUGCAAACAUGAUAGAGGGUCAUUAUUUCCAAAGGCCCUCUAUUGCGCACUGUGUUGGCACAAUUCUAGCGCAACUGCACCAAUGCUCCAUUGCUAGGCAGACAGAACGUCACGUGGUAUGUGAGCCAACAGAAAUAUUUUCCUGCCAAUUUCACCACCUUAAUUCCUGCCUUUGUAAAAAGGGUUUUCAUUCAUACUGCAAUUCUAAUUACUGGUAACUAACCAGUGUUCCAUACAGUGAAGACAAGGCAGCUGAAAUGCAAUUCAGUAAUCCAAAAUAUUGGUUUAAGAUGAGAGUUAAGAUUCUUUACAUUUUCACUAAUGCUCUAAAAAGGAUUGAAAUUGCAAGUUAGGGUGUCCAUCUUAACUUCCAUAAGCUGUAAAGACUUUGUAUAAUUCAGUAUAUGAUGAUAGCUUUAGAAAUGAGGCUCCAUGCACCCACACGUUGCCUUAAUCUUUCAGCUGGAAAUUGGGCUGGGGAGGGAUGCAUCCAGGCAGAUGUUUACUUCUUAGAGAAGCCCUGAUGAAUUUCUGCCUGAUGCACCUCUGAUCAAGGCAAAGUGUGGGUGCAUGAAGCCUCAUUUCUAAAGCCAUCAUCAUAUACCAGACUCAUCUUACAGCUUAUAUGGCGUGGAAGUUAAGAUGGGCACCUUAACUUGCAAUUUCCAUUCUUUUUAGAGCACGAUUGGAAAUGUAAAGCAUCUUGAUUCUCAUCUUAAACUGAAGGUUUUUGGAUUACUGAAUUUCCAGGCAUUUAAAAAAGAAAAAUCUAAUUAGACACUGGGGAAAAGCUUAGCCAUGCUGCUUAAGUGGAGCCUUUCCAUUCUUAGGCAAUAUACAUCUGAUGCAAAGCUAAAGGUAGUCUGCCUCCACCUUAACAUGCCACCACAAGGCCCUAGUCAUCUCGCCUCCACCUUGCAUUCCCUCGUAAGUACAAUUGCCACAUCAUUGCUGCCAUAUGUGCCUUCACAAGUCCAUUUGCCACCCUACCCCCCCAUUGCCUCAUAUAGCUUGUAAGGACCCCCGUUACCUUCCCGCCAGCUUGUGCUUCCUGAUAAGCAUUCACCCUAGCUUGAAUUCUCUUCCACAACCUGCUGCUACCUCCUUGCAUUCCCUCACCAGUUCAUACACCACUCCAAUGCAGCCAUGGAAAUAGCACUGGGAAGAAGUACGCUUCCCAGAUGUCCCCAUGUGCUUUCCUGUUGUCCCUGUGUGAAUUCUCAGCCCCAUGGGCUCUGCUUCCUAGAGGCCCUCCCAGUACCGUGAAUGUAAUGAUCUGCACAAGAGAUGGCCACAGUAGAAGCAGCACCAGAGGGGUGCUACAACUCCAUUAAGAUUGUGGUGCCCAAUGAACAGCACUAGUAGCGGGCAUUUGUUUGCUAGAGUUUAAGAGUCAAAUUUUUAACUGCUGCAUCUUAGCCACUUUCUGCACGAGAUCUGAAGGGGUGGUGUCCCUUAGUUGAUGUUGCAGACUUUCAGGCUGAUAAGGUGGACAAUUUAGAUUUUAUCACCAAGAGAAUAUUCAGGGCGUAUAAUGUUAAAAUGCUGAAAGAACUCCCCCAUCUUAAUUAUAUUAACAGAACUGUGACAUAAGGAAAGGUUCUUUGGUAGAAGUUUUCUCCACCAUAGAAGCUCUCUCUGUAAGUGGAGGAUAAAUUUUCUUUCUAUUGAAAAACUGCUGGUUUUGACCAGUAUUCUUUGGUGGGCACUGUAGUAUCUUAACUUUGGUUUGACAGAAGUUACUACCCAUGCCUCUCCAGACUAAGAGCAUUGUGGGCCUCAGUAACUGGGCUGGGCACAGAACUGGUCUUCAAACUCACAGAAUACCAACUGCACUUUAGUAGCACAGAUGCUUUUCUUUUUUUGACAACACGUAGUUUAAGUCUGCACACUUGGCAACACUCCAUGCAGCCCAACAGAGCAAUCAGGCUCCAAACUGUAAAGUUUUCUGUUUUGACUGAAGUUCUAUACAUUACCUACCAAAUAACAUAAUGAUGUGAGUUCAAGCUGCUGGGUAGAACUUUCUGAUGUUGAACACCAAAAAUGUUGUAAUACCAUCACCGAAGAUGAAGUCAUACUCCCCACCCCACAAAAAGCACAAUUAAAUGAAAUAAGUAGAUUCAGUAACAGUGGCAGUGUGAUCCCACCUCAUGAUUAUUCAGCAGUGAAUAAGGACAGAAUACAAGCAGAUAAUUUGAGUUCACUUUAAAUCUACUGUACUUCUUCUUCUUUUUCAUUUUUCUUAAAAUAACACACACACAAACAAUAAUGAUAAUUAAAAAUAACAAAUACUCUAACAACCAUGUCCCAAACUACAGAUUCUCUUCCCAGACAUUUCCCAUAAACCUCACAGUUCUGCUUGAUUUAAUUUCCUUCAGGAUGGUGUUAUCUGCAAAAGAGUUGUAAGCCAAUCUGACUGCAACAGUAGGCCAUAACUCUCUGAAUUACACCUUCUUACCAUAUACAGUGAGGCAUAUUCUGCUUUAUGAGGCCCCCCGCCCGCCCCAAUGACUGCAACCCCAAUUCUUGGGGAAACCUAUAGGCAGGCUUAUAUUUACUUCUUUUUCUCCUUCCUUCACUCAGGACACACAGGCCUUGAGCAGAAGCCCUCCCCCACUCCUUUCCAGGGCCUGUUCUCUGGCUACACUAGAGCUCUAAGCAGGGGUGUAGCUACAAUUGAACAAAAGGGUUCAAUGAAUCCAGGCCCCCAGCAACACCCCUCCCUAUUUUCUUCAUUAUCCUCCUCACUCUUAAGGGCCGCCAGAGAGAGGGGUGAACACAGCCCCCCCCCCCGCCCUCCCUUAGCUAUGCCCUUGGCUCUGAGGACUUGAAAUGAGCUCUUCUUUUAAUAAAGUUGUGGCAUGUUUCAUGAUACUUAUUAGUGUCUGUCUGUUUUCCUUCUGACUAGGAAUUAGUAGAUUUUAAAAGUUGUACAGGAGACAUAGCCUCUGAGCAUAAAAGGAGUAGCUUUCUUCCCUUUAAGCCUCUGGUUAAUGGUUGAUAGGCUAAUGGCUUACUCAGAGUAGUCACAUUGACAUUAAAGGGACAUUAGGCAUUCCUAAUUUCAGUAAGAUUACUUUGAAUAAUGUUCCUCAUUAUGUCAGUCACUAUCUCUUUCUUGUAUUCUCUACAAAGUAGAAGACGAUGGAUUAUUGGCAUUUUUGUCUUAAUAAAUAUACUGUACUAACAGAUCUUCUGCCCUGUGGGAUGCUUUGGCUAAUGCCAGAUUCUUUGAGAACACACUGUGUGCUGGGUGGGGUGCUGUGGGUGUACCUCACAGGAUUUUUACAUUGUUUUCCACUCACAUUUUUAAAAGGACCUUUCGGUUAUUCUCCCCUCGCCCAAGACCAUUUCCCAGGGAUUGUUUAACUGUUCCCUCAUUAUAUGGAAGCAAGUCCCACUGACUUUAAUGGCAUUUAUCUCCUCCUAGGUAGGCACAUAGAAUUGCAUGUGCAGUUAUCAAAAUGCUGCUGGAAAAGACAUGUGUAAACUCCAGCCCAACAUCCUCUUUCUCACAGUGCUCAGCUACAAGCUGCACAGAAGUGCAGCAAGGAAAUCUCUGAAGCCAUUCCCACCCAGUGCCAACAAACUAUUAUUGUGGUGUAGACGUGAACAUGGAGGUUCUACAUGAGAGCCAAACUGCCUGUGAAUAUAGUGGCUUCAUUUCUUAAGUAUGGCCAAGUGAAGCUUCCAUAUUCACUGGCAGUUUGGCUUUGAUGUAGAACCUCCAUGUGUAAGAGCAGUCUACAUCAGAAUGUUGGUUUCUUGGUGCUGGGUGGGAAUGGUUUUUAGAUUUCCUUGAGGUUCCUUCUUCAGAACUUCCUAGCAUGGGCUACUAUAUAUUUUUACUCAGAAGUAAGCGCCAAAUAAAUAAAUGAGAUUCCCCCCUCCUAUGCUUUGCUGAGGGGCUGGAAAGAAAAGAACUCACAUUCUUGCCUAGGAUCUCUGGUGGUCCUAAUUACUAUGUGUGUUUACUCAGAAGUAAACUCCAGUGGAAUCAAUGGAUUUGCUUUCUAGUAAUUUAUUCCAAGCUUUUCUGAGGGGAUUUGCUGUCCCCCUUUAGUGGGCAUGAGAGAAAGGGGGCAGAGGGAUAAAACAAAUUCCCGGGGAAGGAAUGGUUGUUUAACUAUACAAGUGCCAGAAUGCUUACAGUCUGUCCUUAUCAGGCAUCGGUGUUCAGAACCAGGAAGUCAUUUGCUAGAAAUUGCCAGGACUUGCCCCUCCCAACUUAGGCUUCAGAAUUCUCAGUGGGCAGACUCAGAUCUGCUCUUAGCUAACUUUCCCUUAGUUGUUAUGGGCAUUUCAAAUAAUAAUUACUCAAAAACCACAAGAUUGGUGUUUUUUAUACCAGCAAAAAGGCACCAGUACAGUAUAACAUUUUUAAAAAAAUAAAUAUAUAUAUUAUCCGUGAUGGAAAAUUUUUGCCAACCCUUUAAACCCUCUUUUUAGUAGUUAAACUUAAACUGCUGUAACUCAGCCAUUUUCCAAUGGAUUUGCAAUGAAUUUGGAGGAGUGAUGUCUCUAGUCUCCUAGUAGAUAUGUGCACAAUUUCAUGGGGAUUGGAUGGAUAUGUUUGAUUUUAUAAGCAAUAGAACGUUCAGGGCUUAUAAUGGUGGAAUAUUGAAACCACUCCUCAUGCUAACUAUACUGGCACAACUGUGCCAGUAUAAUCCUCUAGAGGUGCACUACAUUCCACUUCCAACAAAAAACUGGCUUCUCAGUCAAAAGGGGAGGAGACGGGGAGUUGCAUUUGGGGUUUUUUGAUGUAUGAAUUGCAUGUUUUUCUGGUAUUUUUUAAAUUUUGUACAUCUAGGUGUGGUGUCAAAUCAUCUGCAUGGAAGGUGGCGCAGUACCCUGUCUGAGUUUGUAUGCUUGUGCUCUUAAUUUGUCCUUUUAAAUGAUUAAAUCCUGAAGAGAAAAAGACAUCUCAUUACAUUUGGUUACUUGGAGGCAUUAAAAGUAAACAAACAAAAACAAUUGCCCUUUUUAUUCUUACAGAUUUUUAAAAAAACAAUUGUGAUUAAUUUGUUAGUGUAUAUAAACUUAUUGCCAAUGAGUAUUGUUGUUAGACAACGAAUGCAAUAAAAUAAAUACUGAAACUCA